AUGGCGAAGGCACCCAAGAAGAAGUUCUCUACGCUGACUAGCGGCUCAGCACAAACUGUCAGUGCGGAAAAACAUGCCAAUACAGUUUUCAAGUUCAACACGAACUUGGGUCAACAUAUCUUAAAGAACCCUUUAGUGGCCCAAGGAAUUGUUGAUAAAGCCGGCAUUCGUCCCAGCGAGACAGUACUCGAAGUUGGACCUGGUACAGGGAAUUUGACUGUUCGUAUACUUGAGCAAGCCCGUAAAGUUAUUGCUGUGGAAAUGGAUCCUCGUAUGGCUGCAGAAUUAUCUAAACGUGUUCAUGGAACACCACAAGAAAAGAAAUUAGAAAUCUUAUUGGGGGAUUUUAUGAAGACAGAAUUACCAUAUUUUGAUGUUUGUAUAUCGAAUACUCCUUAUCAAAUCUCAUCACCAUUGGUAUUCAAAUUAUUAAAUCAACCCAAUCCUCCAAGAGUUUCCAUUCUUAUGUUUCAAAGAGAAUUUGCCUUGAGACUAUUGGCAAGACCUGGAGAUGCAUUAUACGGUAGACUUUCUGCCAACGUACAAAUGUGGGCUAACGUUACUCACAUUAUGAAGGUAGGAAAGAACAACUUCCGUCCUCCACCGGAUGUUGAAUCAUCUGUGGUGAGAAUCGAAAUCAAAUCUCCUAAGCCUAAUAUUGAUUUCGAAGAAUGGGAUGGUUUAUUAAGGAUAUGUUUUGGUAGAAAGAAUAGAACCAUUUCUGCUGGGUUCAAAGCUGCUAACAUCAUGGAAAUGUUAGAAAAGAAUUAUAAAACUUAUUUAUCUACUCAAAGUGCUGACAGCAACAACGAUUCAAUGAUGCUUGAUAACAAACAAGAUUAUCUUCCACUUAUAAAGGAAAAGGUAGCACAGGUGUUGACAGAGACCGGGUUUGCUGAACAAAGAGCUUCCAAAAUGGACCAAACAGACUUCUUAAAGUUAUUGUACGCAUUUCACCAAGUUGGCAUUCACUUUGCUUAA